UUUAGUGUUCAAAGUGUUGAAAUAUCCAAAUAUCGGGAUUCUAAAAUUAGCGUCACCGCGAGCUUCAUUUCUUUCCAGAAUCGAAAAUGGACCUGCGUGAAUCGAUCAGCAACCAAACCGAUGUUGCCCUGAGCAUGACAAAGCUGUUGGUGUCGAAGGAAGCUCGGGACAAGAACUUCGUGUAUUCGCCGCUGUCGUUGCACGUUGUUCUCAGCAUCAUCGCUGCGGGCUCCAAGGGUCCCACACUCGAUCAGCUUCUCUCCUUCCUCCGAUCCAAGUCCACCGACCAUCUCAACUCCUUCGCCUCUCAGCUCGUCACCGUCGUACUCUCCGAUGCCUAUCCCGCCGGCGGGCCUCGACUCUCCUUCGCCGACGGCGUCUGGGUUGAGCAAACCCUCUCUCUUCUUCCUUCCUUCAAACAGCUUGUCAACACUGAUUACAAGGCAACUUUGGCUUCGGUUGAUUUCCAGACCAAGGCUGUUGAAGUGGCCAACGAAGUUAAUUAUUGGGCCGAAAAGGAGACAAAUGGCCUUGUAAAAGAACUUCUUCCUGCUGGAUCUGUUGACAGUACAACCAGACUCAUCUUUGCAAAUGCACUGUACUUCAAAGGAGCGUGGAAUGAGACGUUUGAUGCUUCAAUUACAAAAGACCAUGAUUUCCACCUUCUUGAUGGCAAAUCAGUCAAGGUUCCCUUCAUGACUAGCAAGAAGAAGCAGUUCAUAAGGUCUUUUGAGGGUUUUAAAGUCCUUGGUCUUCCCUACAAGCAAGGCGAAGAUAAACGCCAAUUCACCAUGUACUUUUUCCUUCCAGAUGCAAAAGAUGGGCUGCCAGCUUUGGUUGAGAAGUUGGCUUCUGAAUCUGAGUUCUUGGAACGCAAGCUUCCUAAUCACCAAUUGGAAGUAGGGGAUUUCAGGAUCCCAAGAUUCAAAGUUUCUUUUGGGUUUGAAGCCUCUGAUGUGCUGAAGGAACUUGGAGUGGUUUUACCUUUCACUGUUGGAGGUUUGACAGAAAUGGUGGAGUCUCCUGUGGGUCAAAAUCUGUGUGUUUCUGAUAUAUUUCACAAGUCUUUUAUUGAAGUAAACGAAGAAGGUACUGAAGCUGCAGCGGCUACUGCUGCAACUAUACUGUUGAGGGGUGCUCUGUCUUCGUCUAAAAUAGACUUCGUAGCUGACCACCCUUUCUUGUUCCUCAUCAGAGAAGAUUUAACUGGAACAGUACUCUUUAUGGGCCAGGUGCUCGAUCCUCGUGCUGGAUGAUAUUAGCGACCACACAAAAUUAGUACAAAAACUCGCUCCCUUGUUCUGUUCUCUUUAUUUACUUAUGAUCAGAUGAUCCAAAACUUGUUAAUGUUUGAGGUGUGACUUUGAAAGAAAGCAAAAAAGGUACAAAUGGAUCACCUUUUAUA